AUGAAUUCCAAUUUUAUUUCGAUUGAAGAAUCUGAUGUUUACCCAAUUAAAUGUAAAAAUGGAAUAUCAGUUUUUAUCCCUCCAGGUUACUCACCAAUUCUUAUUAGUAAAGAAGUCACGAAAAAUUUGAAAACAAUCAAGGAAUUUCCAGAAUUAAAUAUACGUGUUCCAGCAUUGAUCUAUAAUCCUGUUAAGCGUCCACAAAACUCUUUUUUAUUAUUCAGAAAUAAAAUAAAAGAUGAAAUAAUUAAAGAUAAUCCAAAUAUAGACACUCGUCAAAUUUCAAAAAUCGCAGGGAAUAAAUGGAAAAAACUAUCAGAAUAUGAAAAAUCGCGAUAUAAGCUACAGUCCGAAAGACUAAGAAUGCAAUUCAAAUCCAAAAACUUAAAAUGUAAAUAUAAAACAAGAAAACAACAUUUACUUAAAAGUCUUUCAGUGCUCUUUCAAUCAAUUAUUUAG